GCGUUAAUCAAGCACUGUGCGCUCCGAAGAGAAAGUAGCAGGAGCAGUAGCAGCAUUCAGUGCACUGGCUCGGAAGUAGGUCACUUAGAUUGAGCAUCGCAAACUAAAGUAUCUGAAAUACUUUUACUUUACAGCUUCAACACUCAGAAAGCACUGUGCACACCAUGGAGAAGAAAAAGAUUAUUAACUUUGGUGCCGGGCCGGCCAAACUGCCACCCUCCGUUUUGCUCCAAGCACAGAAUGAGCUGUUGGAUUACAGUGGCAUUGGAAUUAGUGUUCUUGAAAUGAGCCACAGGUCAGCAGAUUUCAUCAAGAUCGUAAACACCACAGAAAAUCUUUUCCGUGAACUUCUAAACAUACCUGAAAACUACAAGGUAUUGUUUCUUCAAGGCGGUGGAACAGGGCAGUUCAGCGCUGUUCCUCUGAAUCUGAUUGGUCUGAAGGAGGACAGAUGUGCGGAUUAUGUCGUGACUGGAGCUUGGUCUGCAAAGGCUGCCAAAGAGGCAGAGAAGUACGGCAAAGUGAAUGUGGUUCACCCAAAACUGGACAAAUACACCAGUAUCCCAGAUAAAAGCAGUUGGUCACUGAAUCCUUCAGCAUCCUAUGUUUACUACUGCUGCAAUGAAACGGUCCAUGGUGUUGAGUUUAACUUUAUUCCGGAUACCAAGGAUGCGAUUCUUGUCUGUGACAUGUCGUCAAAUUUCCUGUCCCGACCAGUGGACGUUUCAAAGUUUGGGCUCAUAUUUGCAGGCGCACAGAAAAACAUAGGAUGUGCUGGAGUCACUCUUGUCAUCGUGAGGGAGGAUUUGUUGGGUAAUGCCCUGAAGGAGUGCCCUAUUGUACUGGAUUACCAAGUGCAAGCUGGAAAUAACUCUCUCUACAACACGCCCCCUUGCUUCAGCAUCUACAUCAUGAACCUGGUUCUGGAAUGGAUCAAGAAUAAUGGAGGCACAGAAGCCAUGGAGAAACUGAGUCAGAAGAAGUCUUCUUUGAUCUAUGAUGUCAUCAACAGCUCCAAUGGAUUUUACUCAUGCCCUGUUGAUGUGGAUUGCCGUAGCCGCAUGAACAUUCCAUUCCGCAUUGGAAAAAGGGAGGGAGAUGAAGCCCUGGAGAAACUUUUCCUGGAUAAGGCUUCCAAACUUGGAAUGAUUUCAUUAAAAGGACACAGAUCUGUUGGUGGGAUACGAGCUUCUCUGUACAACGCAGUGACUUUAGAAGACACUGAAGUUCUCGCUGCCUAUAUGAAGGAGUUCCUAAAGGAUCAUCAGCCUAGUGAACUGAAGAACUAGACAAAGUCACGUUUACAAGUUACCUCAACCACUAAUAACGGCUUUCUUGUUUGCAGCUGCUAGGCUGGUAAUGUCACAAUAGAAUGUUUAUUGCUGCAGUAGCUGUAAUGUGAGUAUAAUAUAGCUGUAAGUACAUACACACGUCAUCUUCCUCAAACACUAAGAUUUUCCUGUAGGAACUGAUAUUGUUUAAGACCUCAUGUUAUCAUUGAACAACACUACAAUACCAUGUCAGACACUGUGUUCGGAAUAGGUUGUCACUCACUUACUGUCCUUAACCUGUGUCUAAGCUGGAAAACUAAUAUUUCUCCUAAUAAUAAUAGCGUGCCUUAGCAUAUGUAUACAAAUGUGUAUGUAAGUCUAUCUAUGUAUCUGUCAUUUUACAAAGACAUUUGUACAGUAUAGUUACCGUAUAUGUAAACACAGUAAGAAAGUUUUUAAAAAAUAGUAAUUAAAGUGGCUGAUGAACCUCA